AUGCUGUACAAAUUAAUGAUGCUCCUGUCUGAGUGUCAGAAGCCAGCAAGUGAAUUCCUGCAGGAUGUCAGAAGCACUUUGAGCAGGUGGGAGAAGGGGAAGUUCCAGCAGCCAGAGGAGAUUUCUCCUGAACUGGAAGAGCGAAUCAGUGAUUUCUCCCAGAAAACUAUUGCGUUCUUGGAGGCUCUGAGGAAGUUCAAAGCCACUCUGCCGUCUGCACUGGAGAGAAAAAGAGGGCAACCAGUAGGAGCACACAGACAAGCGAAUGUGACUCUGGAUCCAGACACGGCUCAUCCCCGACUCAUCCUGUCUAAGAAUCGGAAAAGUGUGAGAUGUGGAGACACACGGCAGGAUCUGCCCAACUACCCUGAGAGAUUUUACACUGAGCUCUGUGUGCUGGGCUGUGAGGGAUUCACCUCGGGGAGACAUUGCUGGGAGGUGGAGGUGGUGGAUGAGGGAUGCUGGGCUGUGGGGGUGGCCAGAGAGUCUGUGAGGAGGAAUGGAGAGAUCAGCCGUAGCCCUGAGGAGGGGAUCUGGGCUGUGGAGCAGAUCUGGUGUGAUCAGUUCCAGGCUCUCACUGACCCUAAGACCCCCCUGCCCCUGAGCCGGGCCCCCAGCAGGAUCCGGGUUUGUCUGGACUGUGACCGGGGGCAGGUGACAUUUAUCAAUGCUGGUGACGAGGCCCCGAUCUUCACUUUCCCGCCGGGCUCCGUCCCUGGGGAGAGAAUCCGACCCUGGCUCUGGGUGUGGCCGGGAUCCCAGCUCAGAUUGUGUCCCUGAGACACGCAGGGGAGGAGCGGGGGAAUAGCUCAUUGGGAGCCCUGAGAUUAGCCUCUCUAGCUUCACACAUCCUUGUCUCUCUGACCUCACCCUGUGGAGUUUCUAUCAUACCGUCUCUAUGACCCUGGAGGUUGCUUCCGGUCUCAACUCUGCACUGUCUGGACCAGGGCAAACUUUUUGUUCCGAGGGCCACACUAGGGUUGCAAAACUGUAUGGAGGGCUGGGUAGGGAAAGCUUUGCCUCCCCAAACAGCCUGGCCCCGCCCCCUAUCUGACCACUUCCCACCCCCUGACUGCCUCGCCCAAACCCCUGACCCACCCAACACCCCUGCUCCCUGUCCCCUCACUGCCUCGACCCCUAUCCACACCCCUUUCCCCUGACAGGCCCCCCCGGGACUCCCAUGCCCUUUCCACCCAACCCGUUCCCCGUCGCCUGACUGAUCCGCCCCAGAACCUCCGCCCCAUCCAACUGCUCCUUGUCUCCUGUCUGCUCCGACCCAUAUCCACAUGCCCACCCUAACCGCCCCCCAGUGCCAGAGUGAGUGAAGAACCCACCGCCGAAGACCCGGUAGGGAACCGCCUGGUGAGUACAUCCACCCCCAUCUGACCCUCACCCAUGUCCUGCCCCCGACUGCCCCCCUCAGAAACAGCAACUCAUCAACCCCCCCCGCUCCUUGUCCCCUGACCACUCCUUCCCAAAACCCCCAACCCUAACUGCCCCCCAGAACCCCACCCCUACCCAACUCGCCCUGCUCCCUGUCCCCUGACUGCCCCGACCCCAUCCACCACCACCCCGACAGACCCCUGGAACUUUCAUGCCUACCCAACCCCGCUUUCCCCAUCCCCUGACCACCCCCCAAGAACCUCGGCCCCAUCCAACCCGCCCCACCUGCUACCUGUCCCCAGGACUCCCUGCCCCUGCCUUAUCCAACCCCACCUGGCCCCGGCCUCUUACCAUGCUGCUUACUCCCGCUGGAGCUGCGCCGGGGCCGAGGCCUGGCCGGAGCCACACCACCUGGCCGGAGCCGUACUGCCCGACCAGAGCUGGGGCAGGGCUGGAGCCAUGGUGCCCGGCCGGGGCCGGGGCCGUGCCGUGGGGCCAAGGCCGGGGCCUAGGCCAGAGCCACGCCACCCAGCCAGAGCCAGGCUGGACCCGCGCGGCCUGGCCGGGGCCAGGGCUGGGCUGGAGCUGCACCGCUCCGCUGGGGCCGUGGCCAGGGCUGAGGCCAUGCUGCGAGGCCGCACUGGGCUGGAGCUGCGCUGCGGGGCCGAGGCCAGGCCCCGGGGUCGGGCCAGAGCCGGGCCACUCCUCGCGCCCCCGCAUCCCAGCUCACGUGCUGGAAGUCGCUGCUUCCUUCUCAGCCGUUCCAGGCUUCCCGCACGAACAGCUGAUUCGCAGGAAGCAGGGGAGGGGGAGGAGAAGCUGGGGGGAGUGUUCAGGGGAGGAGGCAGAACAAGGUGAGCUG